AUGCCGCUCAUCCAUUUUGGAAUGCCAGCGCCGAAUCGUCCAGCAGUAGACAGCAUCAACAGCGAUGCUCAACGUGAACACCAGUUCGAUAAGACUUCUUUGGCUACUUUUGUUGCGGAAAAUGAACAAUUGCUUACUGCUGAACAACGAAAUGUAUAUGAUCAAAUUAACGUUUCAACUGCCGCACAACAAGGUGCAUUCUUUUUUUUAGACGCUCCAGGUGGAACUGGUAAAACAUUUCUUAUCGCACUGAUACUUGCGCGGAUUCGAUCUCAAAAUCAUAUUGCAUUGGCCAUUGGUUCAUCAGGCAUUGCAGCAACGUUACUUGAUGGUGGACGGACUGCGCAUUCAGCACUUAAAUUACCUUUGAACGUUCAUACAAAUCCCGAAGCAAUGUGUAACAUAAAAAAGCAUUCAGUCAUGCCUGAAGUUUUGAGAAAAUGUAAAAUUAUUAUCUGGGAUGAAUGUACAAUGGCCCACAAGCAUUCGCUUGAAGCUCUCGACAGGUCCCUGAAAGAUAUCAAAAAUAAUGCUCGGCUUGUCGGUGGUGCUCUACUGCUGCUGUCUGGUGAUUUCAGACAAACAUUACCAGUCAUUCCACGCGCGACAUAUACAGACGAAAUAAACGCAUGUUUGAAAGAAUCUUAUCUAUGGCCAAGUGUCACUAAAUUAUGCCUUACUAUUAAUAUGCGCGUUCGACUUCAAAAUGAUCCAUUAGCGUCAAGAUUCUCUGAACAAUUGUUAGACAUUGGCAACGGUAAAAUUCAAUUGUAUGAAGAUACACAAUAUGUUCGACUUCCAGAGAAUUUUUGCAACAUGGUGGCUACCAAAGAUGAGUUAAUAACAACAAAGCGUCAAACCGGUACCGGUACUCCAGCUACACCAGGUGGCAGUUCGGCGGCAACGUCGCCAUCGGCUGCCGUUACUCCUGUGCUUAACACCGGAGAAGGGCUUGUGCCAAGUCACAGUUUCAUUGGCGAAAACGCUACCUCUGGUCAGUAG